AUGCGACGCCAAGACCUUAGUCCUUCUCUCCUUUCACCCGCAAAUUACGACAACGAUGCAUCUUCGUUGCGGUCGCCCUCCGAGCAGGACUCCGACUCCGACGAUGAUGCCCUCCUCCAUCAAAACCGCAGCACCUUGGAACUAGCGGAACAUGACCGGGCCGUGCUAGAAGAUGAGGAGGAAUUGGAGAACCUUUUGACUCGCGGUACCGGACAAGGGAUUCGGAGGAUAUUCAGUCCCCAUGGGGGUAGUGUAAGAAUCGGAAAAAAGAAAAAGGAACGGCGAUCACGGAGGGGGUCCCGCCGUGAGCGAGUCAGUGAAGAUGGUGAGCUGAUGUAUGAGAUGGAGGAGGGCAUUGGAGAUGAUAAUGCUUCCCUCUUGAGCUGUUCAUCACUGGAUUCCGUCGACAAGGAAGAGUACACAUAUGAGCCGCCACCGAGACCCUCAUGGCGGAAGAUCUUGUUUAUCUCUGCCCUUGUGGUUGUAUUGUUCCUCAUCCUCGUACUCGGCGCGUACAGAGCCUCCAACGGCGUCCGGGCUUCCCACGCUCAUCCUCCGCCCCUUCUCUCAAACGGCACGGCCCUAUUCGCACCGACUACCAUCGUGAUAUCUCUUGAUGGUUUCCGAGCCGACUUUCUCGGCCGCGGCCUCACCCCAGCGCUGAACUCUCUCGUCGCAAAUGGCGUCUCCCCGCAAUACAUGACCCCCAGCUUUCCGAGCGUUACUUUCCCAAAUCACUUCACACUCAUGACAGGACUCUACCCCGAGAGCCAUGGAAUCGUGGGCAAUUCAUUUUGGGACCCUGUGAUGGGUGAGGAAUUCUACUACACCAACGCUGCUGUCAGCAUGCAACCAAAGUGGUGGAUGGCAGAACCGCUCUGGGUAACAGCUGAAAAGCAACACGUAAAAACCGCCAUCCACAUGUGGCCCGGCUCUGAAGCGCAUAUUGGAGAUGUAGAACCGAGCUUUGUGGACAAUUACAACGGCACGGAGGCCUUGUCUCGCAAAGUCAAACGCAUUCUUGAAUUUUUGGAUCUCCCCGGCUCUGAAGAUGACCUGCAGGUGGUACCCGAGCGGCCGCAGUUUAUCGCGGCUUAUGUUCCUGACGUGGAUCGGGAUGGACACAAAUUCGGGCCUAAUAGCACGGAGAUCCGAACAACAAUUUCCGAGGCCGAUAAAUUGAUAGCUGCACUAAUGACUGGGUUGGAACAACGCAAUCUGACAGAUAUAGUCAACAUUGUGGUUGUAUCAGACCAUGGGAUGGCCUCCACUUCUACUGAGAGACUCAUCCAGUUGGACGAUCUGAUCGAUUAUGAUUUGAUAGAUCAUAUUGACGGGUGGCCAUCUGCCGGGCUGCGCCCUAAGCGCCCCGAAGAUCUGGAAAGCCUCCAGAGGCAACUCGAGAAGAUAGCCCCAGAUUGGGAGCAUGCAUUCGAGUUUUAUACGAGAGAAACGAUGCCUAAACGGUAUCAUUUCUCGAUUAACGAACGCAUUGCGCCGUUGUGGGUCAUUCCCAAAACGGGCUGGGCUAUUGUCAAUCACUCAGAGUUCAAUGUCAAAGAUGCUUUGAAAACCGGUGAGGUAUACCACCCCCGGGGAAUCCAUGGCUAUGACCAUGAGAAUCCGCUCAUGCGAGCAAUCUUCAUUGCACGCGGCCCAGCUUUUCCACAUAAGCCCAACAGCCGCGUGGAAGUUUUCCAAAACGUCGAGGUCUACAACAUUGUCUGCGACUCUCUCGGCGUCAACCCCCUGCCGAACAAUGGCACACUGCGUCUCCCGCUGAUGCCAGUCGGUCUCCACUCUGACGAGAGCGCACCUAUGCUGGGCACACCUCCUGAUCCCCCGGCUCAACCCGCUACAGCCGAAGGGCCACGGACACAAACAUCGGUGCCACCAUCGGAGCACACUCAGCCACCAAACGACACCCCACACGGUACAGACCACAAGAGUGACGACGAAAAAGGCACAAACUGGUGGGGCCAGCUCUGGAAUAAAUUCGAAGACUUGAAGAAUUGGGCUGGUGGUGUUGCUGAUGCCGUAAAGGGCAACCAUCCAGAGUCGGAGAGCGAAUAA